UGUUUGUUUUCGUAUUUUUUUUCCAAACCUUUUUCAGUGUUGUUUAUCCAAACAAAGAGAAGAAAAAUGGCGUGGCCAUUGCUCUCUCCAGUAUCAGGCUGUUACUGUCUUCGCCUCUCACAACUUCAUGUUAAUUUAGUCCAACUCCAACCAAUUACACGUCGUGAAAUCAUACACCCAUCUCUUCAUCAAUGUAUACUUUUUUCUGUCGAUAGAAUUAGAGCAAGACUCCCGCUUUUAAAUGCUCAAACCAAUGGCUCUGAGCAGCUAAUUGAAGAUCUUAGGGUUCCUCAACAGUGGCUACAACCUUCCAAAGCCUUGGAGGAAUCUGAAUGGUUGCAAACUGCUCUUAACAAGUGGUUGGAUGAUGAAUAUUGUCCAGAGGAAACAAAUAUUGAGAUUAGCAAAAUUGCUGCAAGUUCAUUCUACAGAUCAUUACUGGAAAAUAAAAGUGACAUAGGUGAGAUACUGUUAACGAUGGCUGGAGAUUUGGAAUCCGUAUCCUAUCAAGAAAGCUUUCAUGGAGCAUUCUCAUCAGCAAAUGCAGCAGUGAAUCUCAUAAUCCAACGGCUUGAACAGUACUAAUCAUGAUUGGCCUCACUAAAAAGUUUGGAACUCUUAGACUUAAAUUUUUCUUUGACUUGCAUUUAGAAUUAUCCUUUUAUAGUGUAUAGUAAGUACAUUAUGAUUAAGAGAAACAUAAUUACACCAAUAAGGUUAGUAGGGGAUUAUAUUGGGGGGGAGAAGAAGGUUAUAAAGGCCUAUGGCUUAAUAAUUUGAUUUUUAGAAUGUUAAGUAUGAGCCAAUGGUGUAUGUUAAGAUGUGUGUUAGUCAUCUCAAAACAAGUUAUUAUGAGUAUCAUCUUGAAAACAAGUUUUUUCAUUA